GUUGUUAUUUUGUUUGACGCGCCUGUCUUUCCCCGCCGCCGGCUUGCCUAGCACAGCGCUGCGUGUCCCAGCUCGGCUCCCCCAGCGAUGCGCGCAGGCCGAGAGGCACUCGGGCGCUGACGAUCUUCAUUCGACGGCCGCUGAACUUUCCCUCGGGCGGGCCUGCGGCUCCAGCGGCAGUAGUAGUAGCAGCAGGAGGAGCCGGGCGUGGAGGGCUCUCCCUGGGCCCCGGCAGGAUGUACACGGCCGGCCUGACGCCCUUUUACGCAUCCAACUUCAACCUGUGGUCGGCGGCUUACUGCGCCCCGUCAGGGCCCGGCUGCUUCCCGCUGGAUCCGUCGGGGCUCAAGAAACCUUCCUUCUGCAUCGCGGACAUUCUGCACGCCGCCGCCGCCAGCGCCGCCGGGGAGACGUCGUCGGUAGAUGGGCUGCCCGGAGCGCCCUCGUCGGCCGCGCUGGCCGCGCACCUCGGGGCCGUGCAUGCCCACUCGCAGUUCCACGCCGCGGCCUCCCCGCUCCGGCCCACGCCCCUGGUGGCCCCCGACGGGGCCGUCGCCUUCCCCGCCCGCCUGUCGCCUCUCUCCGCUGCUUUCCACCACCCUCACCCGCAGCAGCAGCACCGCUCUCCCGGAGGAGGCAGGGGCCCCAGCCACCAGACUCAUCCCGGCUCGGCGCCCGCGCCCUCUAGUAAAGACUUGAAGUUUGGGAUUGAUCGCAUUUUAUCCGCCGAGUUUGACCCGAAACUCAAGGAAAGCAACACGCUGAGAGAUUUGACUUCCUUAUUAACCACCAGCCGCCCAUCUGGGGUUCAUCUCCCCGCCUUACAGCCUCCGGCCGGCCAGUUCUUCGCGUCUCUAGAGCCCAUUAACGAGACCUCCGCGGUCCUGGGGCCUUUAAACACAACCCCAAGGAAUUCCGUUCAGCACCAGUUUCAAGACACUUUUCCAGGGCCUUACGCGGUGCUCACCAAAGACACGCUGCCUCAGACCUACAAGCGGAAGCGCUCGUGGUCCCGAGCGGUUUUCUCCAAUCUCCAAAGGAAAGGCUUGGAGAAGCGCUUCGAAAUCCAGAAGUACGUCACCAAACCGGACAGAAAGCAGUUGGCAGCCAUGCUGGGACUCACGGACGCGCAGGUGAAAGUCUGGUUCCAGAACAGGCGCAUGAAGUGGAGGCACUCCAAGGAGGCGCAGGCGCAAAAGGACAAAGAGAAGGAGCCAGAAGAGAAGCCAGCAGGGGGCGCUGUGCCCACAGUUGAGGGAGAGGCGGAGCACAGCCCUAGCCGCUCAGAAGGCGAGAGCGAAAGCAGCGAGGCUGAAUCCCUGGAUCUGGAGCCUGGCAGCGAUGCGGAACGGACUGAGGUGGGGGCCGACACCGAGCAGGCCCUGCAAAGGCACAGCCCCGAGCUGCAACACCUGUCCGGAUCGGAGACUGCAGUUCACCCUGAGCCACCUUUGGCUCCCACAGGCCUGGACCAAGGCAGAGAACCUCUGAGGCGCCUGGAGCCCUCUUUUUGCUUACGGGACUCCCCGUGACUGCCUCUCAAAGAACCAGCUGUCUGUUUGGGAAGCUGCCAAAAAGCCGAGUGAUCGUCCCGUUUGGGAAAUAGUAGCACCCCCUAACUGCAGGUGGGUGUGGGGUACAAUAACCCCUAGGAAAUAUGUUAUUUUUUUAUGAGGUAAACUACCUCUGAACUGCCAGAUUUGGGGUACUAACCUCUGCUGCAGGUGGGAAGAUCAGAGGUUUCUUGAACUAUGUAGGGCAUCAGCCCACAGCAGUGAGUGGGCUCUGGGGGGAGGGCAGUCCUGUUCAGCUAAGAGCCUCAGGAUCUAAUAGAAAGUAAACUCACAGAAGUAGCUCAGGGGAGACCUUUCCCAUGCUUCGCUGGCAGAGGAGCCUUCCCGGGUCCAGGAAAUCACAGAGACCAUGUCUUCUUCUUUGUCCUUCUCUAACCCCCCCACCUGCCUUCCCUCAUUCACAAUGUGAAGUAUUUCACCAACCCCAACCCCUUGCCAAAAUGUGUUGCUUUGUGUAAUCUGGCCAAGAAAUACUGCACUGAAAAAAAGAACAGAAAAGUAGACUGUAAAUAAAUUGUUUGUUUAAUUUGUGAUGUCUGGUUUUGUUACUAGAUAGAGCAGCCUAGUUGGGUUGAUCCACAACUGGGACACAAUUAAGACCUUUAGAGGCUCCGAAUGAUCAUCUGUACCAUGGAAAGAAAUGAAAAUAGUAUAUAAAAAAGAGGUUUUGGUACCCUCAUACAUAUCUAAUUCAAAAUAUAAACAAUAAUAAAUCAUAAAAUAAAAAAAUAUUUUCCAAAAUGAAACAAAACCUACAGUUAAGAUGGAAAAUAAUGUUUAUUAUAGUAUACUUCCACUUUAUUUAUAUUUGGAAAAAUGUAUCCUACUUUUUUUUCAAAUUGCAAAGUAUUUGAUCAGAUCCUCAGAAUUAAUUUUACAUAACACACCUACUUAGUAGAGCCCUAUUGCCAUAGUCGUUCUGUUGGGAUUUUUAAUAUACUUCAACUGAGAAAAUGAACGCUCAGCUGAGCAAUUUGUGACUAUUAAUGUUAAAAAUCCAGUAAUGGAAUUUUUUUGUGUGGUGCCCCCCUUCCCACGAUACCUUUAAGCACGUGCUUCUUUAAUGGUUAAUCCACUUGCAGUGAGACAACUCCUUGACUGAAGCCUUUUUUCUCUCGCUCUCAGAGGUGGAAAACCUGUGGCUCACCAAAUGUUGUUGGACUCCAAUUGCCAUCAGUAUCAGCCAUAGCCAGGUAUGAUGGAAAUGGUAGUCCAGCAACAUUUAAAGGGCCACAUGGGCAUAGCCAGUAUAUUUGUUGGGGGGUGGGCAGCCAAAGUUGUUGAGCAUUUUUUAAAGGAAAUCACCCCAUAAAGAUGACAUCACGUGGGGCAGGCUUCUGCUAAAGGGGGGGGGGCAGAACCUCAGAUAAUUGAGUAAUUUCAAUGCUUUUCAGUAAUAUUUGUGGAUCUUGGCUGUGCCCAUGGAGGGCCACAUAUUCCCUGCCCUAGAUUCAACACUCCCCCCCUCCCCAAUUCUCACUCACUGUAUCAGCAGCAGGAACAGAUAUUCCACUUUAGAUGACUGCUUUAAAAAUAAUUUUAAACAUCAAAUAGAAAUUUUGUGGGCUAAAUCAGCUUCAGUUCUUGAGCUGAGGAAGCCACAGUUGGUAUGCUUUCACUUUGCUCGUUUACGCUUCUAAACGUUUAGUGGACCUUAGAUGAUCUUACACUGCAGGAAGUAGGGUCCUUUUCUUUUAAUUGGUUAAAUAAGAAAUUGCAUUUAAAUAUAACUGAUCACUUAGGGGCUGUCACCUUUCUCGUUUUUUUUUUAUUUCUGGUAGAUGUGGCUUUAUUAUAGUUGAAAGCUGCCAUCAUAAUAAAUGUUUUAAUAUUAAACCCAACAGAAAUGUUUAAAAUAAAAGAAUUGGUGCCACACAGGCAAUCCUAAGAACAGUUUCUAAGCAACUGGAUCUCAUGCCCCUGGAGUUAGAAGCUAGUCUGCAGCCCUUUCUGCACUUACCUGGGAGUAAGCAUCAUUGAAUUCAAUAGAUCUUACUUCUGAGUAGGCAUGCUUACCGAGGAAUAAGUCCUAUGGAACACAGAGGAAUUUCUGAAUGCACUAGAAUGAAUCCUACGUCUUGUUGAACCCUGUGGAAAGAAUAUUUGAGUCAAUGUGUUUAUUUUAUGCUGAAGAUAAAAGGAUUCAACAUCUAAAUGAAGCAGCAUCACUAAAAUAGUAACGCUCUUAGAUUACAACCAAAUUUGUAGGGGAUAAAUCUUAAAAAUAGGUGGAGCUCCCCACCUGAAUUACUACCUGAAUCACAAACUGGAAAUUAAAUUAAGACUGAAAGCUAGCCCUCUCCCUCUCUCUCUCUCGUCCCCUUCUCCCGACAAUGCACUCUAUGAAUGCGUCUGUUACCCGUGCUGAAUCUCCAUGCAACAUAGCUGCCAAGUUCCCCCUUUGUUUAAGGGAAAUUCCCUUAUGCUGAAUAGGCUUCCUCAUGAGAAAAGGGAAAACUUGGCAGCUAUGCCAUGCAAGCCCACGAGACAGAUCGGUAUUACCGGUAUUCGCACGAGCUCUGGAGAUUUCCCCGGGUUAGGCAAAAGAACCUGCUAAUUAUCUGGCUCAAAUUAAAGGUUCAGAAAUUCCGAGCCAAACUUACUCGUUCUUGAGAGCAGAUCCACUGAAACAGAUGAAGUUUUAGUUAGCCGUGACAAACGAGUCCCAUUGAUUUCAGUGGGUCUGCUCUAAAGGAUGACUCAAGUCUGGAUCCAGUCCAAAGGGUUCACACGCCUGGACUUCCAUGUUGGGUCCCUAGAUGUUGCUGGACUACAACUCUCAUCAUCCGUGUCCAUUGGCUAUACUGUCUUGGGCAUGAUGGACCUUGUAGUCCAACAGCAUCGGAGGACCCAAGGAGGUUGAGGAACACCAGCGGAAGAAGUCCACAGAAGGCGUCAUCGGUUCCCACCAGUUGGCCUAGUCUACUUCCUCCGUGGUUGAGCAAAGCAACGAGAGUCUGACUUCCUAUAGACUUCUUCCUCCCCCAGGCAAUGAACCUAAUAAUAGCAGCUAAACGGAGCCUCCACAUAAUUUCUAUAAUUCGAUCCGAGCCACCCGAUCUGUUUGCUGGCUAGAUGAGUUCUUGUUCUUCCAGCUGUAAGCGGGCCACCCUUCUCUGGCUCAGCAGAAAUAUGGCCCUCCAUUAUAAAAGCGCAAAAGAGAGUGGAAAGUCCAAUCUAAAUUAGUUGCAGAUUGAACUAGAAACCCAGGCAGGCGCUCCAAAGCGUCCAACAGGUGGAGUGGGGUGGAGUCUCAUUCUUUGGAGGUCUUUAAGCAGAGGCUUGACAUGCAUAUGUCAAGAGUGCUUUGAUGGUGUUUCCUGCUUGGCAGGGGGUUGGACUGGAUGACCCUUGUAGUCUCUUCCAACUCUAUGAAUCUAUGAUUCUAGGUGCCUGUAAACUGGCGUUGUUAUCUUCUGAGCUCUGGCUGGAGAGUUGGCCUUGCUGAACUCAGUUGGACUUACUUCAGGGUGCAUAAGGUAGAGUUCUCGUGGUUUAGCCAGGAAGUGAUAUUUUCCAAUCUGACUUUUUCCUGGCUUCGCAGGAAAGUAAGACAAAAUACACACAUACACACCACAAAACAAAUUCCUCAUUCUCUUUGUUUGCCUCAACCUCCCAUACAAGCGGUGGGGGUGGUUCCAGAGUCUAUUAAAAUAUAAAGUCUACCGAAAAAAAUAUCUGUUUCUUUAAGAACGGGGACUUCGUCUUUGGUUUAGGAGAUCUGAAGGACGAAAACAGAAUAUGAAGGAUAGAACUCAUUCGGUUCCUAGGCCUUUCCCCAAAGCGUCAUUUUAUUGAGUUAAGAAUAAAUGGACUAAGCAGACUCCAGCCACUUUCCAUAUUGCCUGGAAUGACGCGGCAGCGCAGUUCACGCUUCCCAGAAAGGAAGCCCCACCGAACACGGGCGUGUUGUGCUUGACGUGUUUCAACUUGAAACACACACUGGUGUGUGUUCUUACGAUCUCGGCGGUUUUUUUGUUCUGAUUUUGACUGGUGAGAUGGAGGACAAUUUAGCAAGCAACCGGUUCAGGAGUCCGUCUCAAAAAGAUCACACUGCAGACAUCCGCCAUCGCAAAACCCCCUCAAAUUUAAAAAUCACCUUUUGAUUAUUUUUUUAAUUGCCCCUUUUCAUCUUGAAAUAUGACGUUCCUCGUAUAAGCUUCGUAGAGUCAGAUGCUCCACGCAUUUCUCUGAAAGGCACAAAGACUGGGAUUUAUUUCCCAGACAAGGCGUUUAGGAUCCGGACUCUCCGACCAGAGAUGCAGACGAGGCGAGCUUUAUCCUCUGUUUGGCGGCAGAGCCCCUUCUCAGGAAAAAGGGGGACUUCUGUCGCAGAAAAAGGACUGAGAUUUAAGUUUCAGGUACUCAAGAGCUGGAGAGGGGUCAAUCAGGCUGAAUUCAUCUUGGAAGUACUGUAAUUGCAAGCGAGUUUCACUCGACCCAACGAGCGAGCCUUCCCACAUAUUUAAACUGCCCCAUAUCCAGGUAGGAUAAGUGUCAAAAGACCCGACGAAAUCAAAAAGAAUCCAGGCGGUCAAUGGUACAAUUUUAGUCCAAAGAGAUUGACCUGCAUCGAAAUGUUUCCCGGAUUGAACGUGUUGCCUUUGGGAUGGCACCAAAGGGAAAUCGCGAUAGCGCGCCGCUCGAAAAGCACUUUUCAAAGAAGGGAAAUCCCAGAGUUCGCAUAUACAGGCUAUAUACAAUAUAUAUGAUUCCAUGAUGACUCGCCCGCAUGGAGCAUUAUGUCAGAGCGAGAUAGAAAUCUGUGAUGAUUCUUUUUUCCUGGGUAGCCUCUCCAUCUUAAACACACAACAAGGCGCUUUGAAAUGCAAGGGGAGUCCCUUCCCGGCGCGCUCGGCGUUUGCGCGAGUCCCGGGCCGGCCCGUUUCCACAUCUGUUUAGGAGGGGGGGUUAAAUAAGUUCUUGUUUUUAAUAUUAACUCUGUUUCUCAGUCGCUUCGGGGGUUCACGCUCAGGACAGAAAGGCGUAAACUCCUAAAAUUAGGAUAUUGAAUAGGUAUUGGGGAUGGAGUCUCAGUCGUUCAAGAAUUUCAGCCUUGCUGGUUAUGGCGCAGGAAAUUUUAGACUCUGCACUAUAUGAUAUUUAAGGGAUUUGGGGUCGUCCCCACUUUGGAUGUUGAUGUGUAUGCCUUCUUCCAAAAUGUGGUGAGCCGGCCCAGCUUGCGUUGGGGGGCCCUCGGCUCAAUCUGCGGUGAGUGGGGGGCUCUGGGGUUUCUCCCCAAAGACAACAUCUACCGCUGCUCACUUGGGGGCUCGGUAUAUUACAGCAGCCCCAGCCUCGAAUGCCAUAAUUUCAUAUUCAUAAAUAUUCGAACAUUUCCCCCUCCCUUUUCCAGAAACACAAUGGACCUCUGUGUGCAGCUGAAGUGAAAAAUGUUGAAAAAGUCCUGUUGAUUUCAAGGAGAGGGUUGAAAACCACUUGCUCAGAUUCCAAAGAAUAAAUAAAUGGUGCAACGCUGCUUAUGGGCGGGAUCGGGCCCGAUUGCUAAACCGAAUUGCCGAAUACAUGCGCAUAUGUACGUACUGUACACACACGUAUAAAAUAAGGAGUCACACAAAUAUAGUUGCUGUCGUAGCGAAGCCAAGGAAACAUUUUUUGGUGAGGGUGUGUCUCCUGCAAAUUUCAUAUUUGUCUGUCAAGAAACGGGCAACGGCACAAUAAUCUGGAAUUAAUGCAAGGUUUGGGGACGGCCUCGCAGGCUUGCUUUUUAUCCUACACAAAGCGUCCCUCAAGAGCUGCGCAGGCAGAUUAAAAUGAUAGAAAGCUAUUAUUUUUUCUCUUUAAGGAAAGUCUUUUUUUCAUUUCUUUAAGGGAAGUCUUCUAGACCCUGAGCUGGGGAUUAUGCACGCUUCCAAUUCAAUGUGUUUGCAUGUCUACAAACACACAGACACACUGGGUUGGAAACGUGUAUAUAAUCCCGACUCCAGGAGCUGAGAGACCUCGCUUUUUAAAAUAUAUCUAUCUAGAUAUCUGUAUAUGGAAGGGACUGCAGAACAAAAACAGUCCUCAGAUACCGCAGUGCAAUCGUAAGCAUGUUUACUCGGGAGUAAGUCUUACUACCGUAAACUCAAUCGGACGCAGUCCCUAGUAGGUAAGUGGUGUUGGGGCUGAGAUCACGAUCCUGUGCAAAUUUACGAGGGAGUAAGUCCCGCAGAACUAACUGAGACGUCCUUCGGAGAAAACGUCCCUAAGGUUGGGCGGGAACUGGCACAUUUCCAAAACAGGUUUACUCCGGGAGUAAGCCCCAUUGAAUAUGAUAGGGAUCUACUCCUAAGUACCGGUAUGUGUGUGUGUAAGAUUGUAGCCCAACUGCAAGUUAGUCUCCCAGGCUAGGGGGACUCUUAAAAGGUAAAGGGACCCCUGACCAUUAGGUCCAGUCGUGACCGACUCUGGGUUUGCGCGCUCAUCUCGCAUUAUUGGCCGAGGGAGCCGGCGUAUAGCUUCCAGGUCAUGUGGCCAGCAUGACAAAGCCACUUCUGGCAAACCAGAGUAGGACUCUUAAUCAACAGCAAAACCGCUCUAGGAAGACUGAUUCGGAACAACGUGGUGCACUAACAGCUUUGGCGACGAUCCGGCUUGUCAAAGGAAAGCGUUUGGCGCGUCCCUUUCAUUGCAGGUGAAGGCGAGAAAGUCCAGCGUCUGAGAAAGGACCAGGACGCCACUAAAUAAAGGACUGAGGUGAUUCUCGCCCUAUAGCGAGUAUUUUUCAUUGCUAUUAAAAAUACAACCUAAUACGGUGCAUCGUUCGAUGUUUUAGGAAUUAACAUUUCGAUUCACCACUCAGUUACACAGAAAUAGUGACAUUUAAGAAGAUCUGUGUGGCUGUGCUGCUCCUAAACGUUCAGGCCCCAUUAGUUUAUAUGGGUAUCAUUUCGGCCUGUGUCUAAUAUUGCACCUUAGAGCUCAUUAGGACGGUGAAGGCUUUAAUUCUACUGAGAGUUAUGUGGGAGUAAGUCCUGUGGAACUCAGUAGGGCUUAAUGUCACGCGGUCCCAGCUCCUGCCCACCUAGCAGUUCAAAAGCACGCCAAUGCAAGUAGAUAAACAGACGGGAAGGUAAACGGCUUUUCCGUGCGCUACUCUGGUUCCGCCAGAAGCGGCUUAGUCAUGCUGCCCACAUGACCCGGAAAAACUGUCUGCGGACAAACGCCG